CGUAAUGACGUCGGCCAACAGUCUCCGACGCGCUGCAUAAUGGCGAUGCCCUUGUUACGAUGGGGAUUGUUGUUGAUCACUUAGCCAAUUUAUUGUGAAUAACUGCGGAUUAUUCAUAUAGCUGUCUGUUUUGGGUGAUUUAUUCCGACGGCUACAUGUUAAAGGUUGCUGGGGUUUCCAAACCCCAGCGAUGUUAAGACCUCGAGUGGAGCAAGUUUGCUAGCCGAGAUUAGCUAGCCGCGGUGGCCGGCGAAGACGGUCACCUGCUGAAGUGACAACUUCGACUACCUUUACUUCGAAAGUUUCAUCAAUUUUACCUUACUGCAGUCCAGUGCAGCUGGUCCGUCCACUGUUGUCUCUCCUCAACCAAUGAAGGAAUCCAAGGAGAACUUGUCAAUGACUGGCCAAGCAAUUCUGGACCACAUCAAGCCAUGCUGGUACUGGGACAAGAAGGAUUUGGCCCACACCCCGUCUCAGUCUGAGGGCCUAGACCCUGGCACAGAGGCUCGGUAUCGGCGAGAAGGAGCCCGCUUCAUAUUUGACGUGGGGACACGACUUGGCCUACACUAUGACACACUGGCAACUGGCAUUAUAUAUUUCCACCGUUUUUACAUGUUUCACUCUUUCAAGCAGUUCCCCAGAUAUGUGACAGGUGCAUGCUGUCUUUUCCUGGCGGGGAAAGUGGAGGAAACCCCAAAGAAGUGUAAAGACAUCAUCAAAACAGCCCGCAGCCUACUGAAUGAUGUGCAGUUUGCCCAGUUUGGAGAUGACCCAAAGGAAGAGGUGAUGGUGUUGGAGAGAAUCUUGCUCCAGACCAUCAAAUUUGACCUGCAGGUAGAACACCCCUACAUGUUCCUGCUGCGCUACGUCAAGCAGCUCAAAGGGGAGAAGAAUAAAGUGUGCAAGGUGCUGCAAAUGGCAUGGACAUUUGUCAACGACAGCUUGUGCACCAUGCUGUCCCUGCAGUGGGAGCCAGAGAUUAUUGCAGUAGCCGUAAUGUACCUGGCUGGCCGCCUCUGUAAAUUUGACAUCCAGGAGUGGACCGCCAAGCAGUCGUCACGCCGGUGGUGGGAGCAGUUUGUCCAAGACGUCCCAGUUGAGCUGCUUGAAGACAUUUGCCACCAGAUCCUGGACCUGUACUCCCAGGGCAACAAGCCCAUUCCUCAGCAAAUGCAGGAGAAGGAGCGGACACCUGCUCCUUCGACCCCUGCUCCUCCGGCUCCACAAGGACAACCCCCGGCCUCCAACCCCCCCCCACCACCACCAAAGAAGACUUCCCCUCAGGGUGGCAGCCCUGCACGCCAGCUCAAACGCUCACAUACAUCCCCCAAAGAUGAACCAAAGGCUCCAGAACAAGUUGGGUCAAAGAUUCCUAGACUGGAGAGCCCAAUGCCCCCUCUACCUACAUCGCAGCCUCCCCCAGACCGAAAAACUCCAGCUACAGCUCCAGCACCUCCUGCAGAAGCAGAACCAGGAAGUGAGACUGCCCCUCCUCCCCCGCAUGCUCCACCUCCACACCAGCCUCCUCCCCUGCCCCAUCGCCCUCCUCCGCCCCCGCCCUCCAACUACAUCAUGUCCACAACCAGUUCCUACAUGUCUGGAGAGGGCUAUCAGAACCUGCAGUCGAUGAUGAAGACAGAGGGUCCCUCCUACGCCCCAAUGCCACCUACCUAUGCGCCCCCAAUACCGCCUUACCACCCCCAUGUCUAUCCACCACCUGCAGCACCACCUCCAGGUCCUCCGCCACCUCCUUCCACCUACCCACCACCCAGCCUGCCCCCAACCUAUCCACCUCCAGGUUACAACAGCUACCCUCCACCACCACCUCCACGCAUGCCACCAGGCCACGUACCCCCUCCGGGGAUUGGCCUUCCACCUGCUGGGUACCCUCCUCCGCCACCUGUGCCCCCAGGACAGUCACAGGUCCCCCUGCCCCCUCCACCAGGCAUGCCCCUGAACCGUGGUGGGUGGAUGAGAUGAGAUGAGAGUGUGAUAAGUCUAUGAACUGAGGCUGUACAGAGCAACAGCUGGGGAGGGAAAGUUCUCUGAAGAGGAAGAACAACCAGGAACUUGUGUUAUUCUGGUACAAAGAAAGAAAGGGGAGCUUUUUCACCUCCAAUAUGGCUUCUGAUAAACAGCUCCUGGGGUUGUCGAUAAAGGCUUAUCAGCAAAUAGAAAGACUUUGAGAGGAAAAAUGAGGUCUGGACAGUAUUGUUAUGAGAACCAGAAGUUGUGCUGAAAGUUUGCUGUAAGAAUCCUGAAAUAUUUUGAAAUAAGUGAUUUAAACAUGCACAGGAUGGAACUUAGUGUACCCAAUUCUGGGAUCUUGUAACAAACACUGUCCACUCAUUGUCUUUAUUAUGGGAAUGUACCAGGAAAUAGUAGCACCCUGAAAUUUUUUUUGUUUCUUUUUCAGUGUUGUCAGACAUGCUUAUUCACUAAUUGUAGAGGGAUGAAAUGUACCACUUUUACUUUACUUUUGAGUGGAUCAAAGGUUGAGUAUUAUAUUUCCUUCUGUAUUCUAUGACUCUGAUCUUGUGUUUUUGCUUUUCCUGAAUUUCCAGUCACCCCAUUGUUGUUGUUUUCUCCACAUUCCCACCAUUUUGCUGAGAAAAAGAGUUACAAAAAUCUUUGUUUUAACAUGUCAGAUAUACAAAGGACUGUCACACUGAAAGACUUGGAAAGAAACAUGUUUUAUAAUCAAACAUGUUCAUGAAUGUACAAUGUGUUCAAACAUGCUGUAUAUUCUUUUUGUCUUAUUACAUUUUAUUUUGUGAAAACACUGAGGUCAUGUUGCAAGAUGUUUCUGCUACCAUUAGACUUUCAAUUUUUCAACCCCCGUUAUCAAACCAACCACAUCUAACACUGGACAGUCAAAGAUAUAUUUGUAAAUAUCCAAUAUUAUAAUUUAGACAAUUUUAUUUUAUUUUUUGAGAUUUUCUAUCCAUAUGUGCCUUAGUGAGGCCUCUUUUUUUUUUUUU